AUGGCGUUCGCUUUAAAAUCUCAAAUUCUAGUCGCUGAUCCGGCCUGGCAUCGUCGCCAUGAUCACGCGUAUUACGACAAGAGUCACUAUCGUUUGCAAAAGUUUGUCCGCGAGUACGCAUUUCGGCGACAUGCUUCACUCGGGUUUCUGGCUGUAUCUGCCUUUCCUAUUCAUAAGGAGUAUGUGAGUGGGAUGACCUUACCGGCCGGCUCGAGUGUGGAUGAGUGGGAUGAGUUUCAUGAUGCAAUUAUCAUAGACGAAAUGACGCGGUGUGCAUGUUUGGGGAUUAUCUGGGGCAUCAAUGGAGGCGCCACUGUUGGAGGGCCCCCAAUUGAUCGCUAUGGGACCGCUUCGCAGAAGGAAAAAUACCUUGCCCCAUUGCUGCGAGGCCAACAAAGACAUUGCCUUUGUGUUACGGAGCCUUCCAUUGGUUCAGAUGUUGCCGGUCUGACUACCGAGGCGAAGAAGACGGCAGAUGGCAAAUCUUACACGAUCAAUGGGAAGAAGAAGUGGGUGACUCAGGGACGUUGGGCAGACCAUGCAUUAGUUGCUGCCAGGACCGGACCACGCGGAGCCAAGGGAAUUUCCAUAUUUAUUGUCCCCUUAGCGGUCAAGGGAAUUUCGGGGGGAAAGAUUGAGAAUCGGGGGUCAGUUCAAGCGUUCGAUGACGUUCUUGUGCCUGCAGAAAAUCUGCUGGGAAACGAAGAUCAGGGGUUUGAGAUAAUCAUGUCCACUUUUGCACAUGAGCGACUGUGGGUUGGUAUUACGGCCCUUCGUCUUGGACGGGUGGCCUACGAGGACUCGUAUCGAAAUGCACUAAAGCGUGAAACGUUUGGCAAGCAGUUGUUCGAGAACCAGGUUAUUCGUUGUAAAUUUUCGCGAAUGGCAAACAUGCUUGAGCCAACCCAAGCGUAUAUGGAAGAGAUGGUUUAUCGUUCUGUACGAAUGACGUCUCUGAACUUUUCACCGCUCGCCGCCAUGCUCAAGGUGCAGGCGGCGCACAACCUCGAGAAGAUCUCCAGCGAGGCACAGCAGGUCUUUGGUGGCCUCGGAUACUCAAGGCGAGGACAGGGGCAGCGGGUGGAGCAGAUCAGACGAGAUGUGCGCGUGUUGGUCGGUAGCGGAGGGAGUGAGGAGAUUUUGCUAGACAUGAUCGCCAAGCAGCAGCGGAAACUGGCGCAUUUGUGA